GAUUGGGUUCGAGGUAAACCAGAAGGCGUUGGCUGGUGGUACUAUGCUAGUGGCGACGUAUACUUCGGCUUCUGGAAGAAAGGGAAGAGGCACGGAUACGGCAAGAUGUGGUAUGCCAACGGCACCCACUAUGUGGGCUAUUGGAACAUGAACUUGAAAGAAGGGCUUGGUAUGUUCAUUCAAGGUGAGUGUUUAAGAACUUUAGCAUCAAUAUUCUCAUGAUUUGCUGUGAGAACGCCUUGUUUGACAAAAAUAUAGAAAGCGUUGAAAAGUACUGUGCCAUAGAUAUUAAUAUCUAGUCGUUUCAAUGUCUACAGAGAACGGCAACCGCUACGAAGGUCGAUGGCAGAAAAACUUGAAGCACGGUCUUGGUCGUUUCUAUCACAUGCAUACUGGCCAGUUGCAAGAGGGCUGCUGGGUGCACGAUCUUUGCGUCAAAUCCAAGAUGUCCGACAUCAUCAUCCGGCAAUGUUGCGAUCUGCCUACCCAGUACCCGAUACCGUUGGAACAACUGAGAUAUUCGAGGAAGAUUUUGGAAGAAAGCGAAUUCUGGUUACUACAAAAGAUUGGGAAUAUAGACAAACACCUUAAAAACUGUAUUGAUUAAUUUAAUAAACAGAUCAUACAAUUAUUAACAUACAUAUAUUUAAUUAACUAAAGGUAAUCACGGAAGAGAUGUAUAUGCGUAUCCACGGUUAAUAAGACGGCCUACAGAGAACUUAAAAAACAUAUAAUUUCAGUUCUUCCCUAGCCUAGGAACCUAGGAUCAAGAAAUUUGUUGAACCUUGGACCAACAAAGGCCGAACUCUAGGACGAAGAAAUUCCUAAUGGCUUUUUUCUCUACAGUCGUAGUUACGCACAUACACAAAGGUAAUUUACUUAAACUUACUUUUAAAGUGAAAAGGCUAACAUUGUGAGACAAAAUAAUUACGACAUUAUUUUAAGUAUAUCACAUCAGUACUUCAUUUAAAUUAAGUAAUAUUAAAAUAUUGCUCUUUGUACACAAAACAGCACAUAAGCUUACCACAAAAUAAAAAAAAUCAAUUGAUUCUGACAUUUAUUAUAGGACAUUAAGUUUUAAAACCAGAGUUAUUUGACAGUUUAAAAUAAGCUCAUGUUCUGUUGACUUCUUUACACGUAACGUGAUUAAAAAGGUAAAAUAAAUAUAUUAAGUAAAUAUGUGUCCAUUAACAAAUGUAGCUAUGAUCAGUUGAGCAAUUCAGUAUAUAGAUAGGUACCUAUCAUUACAUAAUCACACCUUUAUUAAAGGUGUAGUAAAGGCACUAUUAUGAAACCGAUAGAGAAUAUAUUAAAUAUGUAUAAUUCAUAUCUAAGUUACGAAAUUAUCUACACCAGUACAAUGUCUUUGCAUAAUACAAUUGUC